AACCAAAGACCACGAAAAGAAAGGCGGCACCCAAACGUAACUCUACCAGGGCGGGGCGUGUUAAGAAGACGACUGCCGUUAAAACUAUGCCAAGAGAGGCCAGAGUGCUGCCAAGUCAGUGCGCGACGGAGGGAAAAAAGUCCAGAAAUUGCUUACUCAUUGAGCCUCAUGUCAAUAGACGAGAGGCAGGAAAAUAUAUCGCAGGAAUCGUCAUUGCAAGUCGAACCGCUGUCGCAACAAACUUUCCCCGAGACUGUAAUACAGCCAUUCAACUGGCCGGUGCUAGAGCUGGCUCGGAAUUGACUGAUGCAAUGUCAGCAACGACUAUUAGAAGCAACGAAUCGUCUUUUAUUGCUGUAGGAAAGGAGUCUGGAUCAAUUCUCCUUUCCAGGGAUGAUGUGGAAAUGUCACUUACGACACCCUCGUCGGACUCUGCAAAA